UCCAUUGUUCCGUCAGCCCGUUUGUUCGCUUGGUUUCCUAAGCACAAACAAAACUUUCCUGCCAUCCUGGGCAAUAUUGGGCUCCUCAGUGCUUUGACAACCCGAAUUAUUGGAAUCUCUGACUUUUUCUAAGGGGAAAAAAGAGUCAGGUUUUUUUUGGCAGGAUGUACAGCUUCAUGGGAGGUGGGUUGUUCUGUGCCGGAGUUGGGAACAUACUUCUCAUUGUCUCCACGGCAACUGACUACUGGAUGCAGUAUCGUCACUCCAGCAAUUACAUGCACCAGGGCCUGUGGCGGUACUGUGUGCCUGGGAAAUGCAUGACACACACAGACAGUAUUGCAUACUGGGAUGCCACCCGGGCCUUCAUGAUUCUUUCCCUGCUGGCUUGUUUUAUUGGCAUUGUGAUUGGCGUCAUGGCCUUCAUCCACUACUCCUCCUUUGACGGGUUUGACAAGACAUUUGCAGCUGGCAUCCUCUUCUUUAUCUCCUGCUUCUUUGUGUUGCUGGCGAUGGCUGUCUACACAGGGGUGACAGUGAACUACUAUGGCAAACGCUAUGGCAGCUGGCGAUUCUCCUGGUCCUAUAUAAUGGGCUGGGUGGCAGUGGUGCUCACAUUCUUCUCAGGUAUCUUCUACAUGUGCGCCUACCGGAUGCAUGAAUGCCCAAGAAACUCUAACUCUCGCUGACCUGCCUAACACUUCAGCAUACGUUCUCACACGUGUACCAGCACUGGUCCCUAAUAGGUAGCCAAGAGGAACCAAUAUCCCCCCAUGAACUUUCCAACAUCUUCCUAAAUACUCAUGCAUAAGUAAAUUA